CUCGUGCUCGGCGGCAUCUUGCAGUUCUUCCAGGGCACCGGCGUUCACUCUUCCUUCGUCGCUGUCUACGAGAUUCUCUUUGGUCUCGUGAUCGCCCUUCUCGAGUUCCAAAUCCCGCCCCAGGUCUCGCGCUAUGCCAACUUCAUGUUCUCGUUCAUCGGCCGUGGUAUCUUCUACAUCUUCGCCGGCACGCUUAUUCUCGAAGGCGGAUUCAUCCUCAAGACGCUCGCCGGAUCUAUCAUUGGCUUCGUCGGGCUGGCCUACGUCGUCCUCGAAUUCAUCCCGUCCAUCGAGCCCCCUGCCAACAUGCGGGAAGCGGAUGCUGGCUGGGGCGCCGAGCAGGUGUAA